GCUCCGACUUUGUGUGAUGCUUUGUGCGACCGACUGCAUCUUUCAAGAAAUUGUUUUAAAUCACGCGGGAAAGCGGAAUGAAGCAUCUUUGGAACAGUUAAGCGGUUACGAUACGUUUAGCGUAGCCUUUGGGAGCUAUUGGACAUGGUUGUGACUUGUUGAAAUCUCAUUUGCACUUUUUGCUCCGUGUGAAGUUGUCCCCAUGGCUUGCAACAGCAGAUAACUCCACAUGUAAUGGAUCAUUCCUCAAGUAAGUGCUCUGAAUCCCUUGGAACUGAUGAAGAUGACAGUGACGUACAGUUUGUAUGUGAGGGCACUUCAAGGCCUGUUACGGAGUUUGUUGAUCUCCUGAGCGAUGAAGAUAAUGAAUCUAAUGCUUCCCGUCAAGUCAUGAGAAAAGUAAAACCUAAGGACUAUAUUGACUAUCAAAAAGAUAGAGUUGACUGGACUCUCGAUCGUCUAGCCCGACAUGUGGAGGUGGAAAAACAAUGCAGAGAAGAAAGAAACAAAGCGUUUAGGGAAAAAGUGGAUUCACAGCACGCUCAUGGUCUCCAGGAGCUGGAGUUCUUUCAGGGGCAACAAGAGACUGAAGAGGCUAAAAGAUGUGUUGAUUUUUGGCUUAAAAUGCCAGGCCCUAGACCUGGCUCCCUAUAUGCAAGAGGAGGAAUUAGAGGUGCAGGAUCAACGACAUCAACAGCUGCUUCUGGACCUAUUCUGUGCCCAGUAAUGAACUGCAACAGGAAGUUUGACAAUGGCCACCUGUUGCUAGGUCAUCUGAAAAGGUUUGACCAUUCACCAUGUGAUCCAACAAUACAGCUACAUGGAGGGGCUAGCAGUUUUUAUGCUUGUGUCAUAUGCUUACGACGAUUUGCAACCCUGAAAGAAUACAAGGCUCACUUGUUAAUGAAGGGUGAUUCUGCAGAUGGACAUGAGAAAGAUCUUGCCCCGCAGGUCGUACAGUGUUUCGCCUGUCCCAAAUGUUUCCUCCUUUUCCAUGUAAGGGAUGAAUGUCUGCAGCAUAUGUCUGCCUCAAACCACUUUGUUCACCGCUUCAAGUUAAAAGAUGAUAAAGGGACAGCAACCCCUCUUCCUUUUCCAGCAUACGCUAAGAAGUUGUUGGUUUCAUUAUGCAAGGAGGUUGAUUUUAAAGUCCAGUGUACAGCCUGCCAGAAACCACUGAAUUCUUACAUGGAGUUAACUGCUCAUUUCAGAAUUCACUGCCGCACUGCUGGUCCAGUUGCUGUGUCAGAGAAGAGAAUUGGUCAAGUAGCUGAGAUCUUCCAUGUGAAGGCCUAUUGCCUGGAAUGUAAAAGCCUGUUCAUGAGCGAGAACGAAGUUAAUGCUCACGCACAGCAGAGUGAGCACAAGACAAAAGUCGUGACUAGCUUUGAAGAAUCCAUCUUGGUGUUUUCUCAUUUUAAUGAAAACAUAAACAGGCCAUCUGACCCUGGCUCUGUUUUAAGUCUGUCGAGAUUGAGGGUCCCAUCACUGAAAAGAUCCAUUGAGCUCCUGGACUCUGCCAAUAUGUCUGGUUCAGAUAAAAAAUGUAAACGAGAAUUAAGUUUUUCAGACUCAAAAAGCUGUAAAGUUAUUGUAAAGCAGGAAAAGACAGAAGAUGGGAAUCGGACAACUUUGAAAAUUUGGGUUUGUGAAUGUGGUCGACAGUUCCCUUCAGAAAGUACAGUGGAAAAGCAUGUUAUGAUAGCAAACCGAAUUCUUUACAAGUGUGCGGUGUGUGAAAAGUUGUCAGAUGAUUCGGGAGUGAUUGGUUUGCACAUGAGCCGUUUCCAUGGAGGAGCACAUUUGAGGAAUUAUCUGUUCUGGUGUCAAGCUUGCAAAACUGAUAUGCCCAAAAAAGACUACAUUAUGUCUCAUGUGUUGGAGUUUCAUGGUGGACAUGGUUAUUAUUAUGAGGAAGAAGUUUUAGAAGAUGAAACUUCAUCUUCCAAGUUUUUAAACAAGUUGCCAGAGAAAUGCAAGGACCCUGAUGUUGGUUCCAGUUCUAGUCAACCACCUGCAAUUGGCUCUUCAAGGGGUACAUGGCAGUGUAGGAUAUGUGAAGAUAUGUUUGAGUCAGAAACCCUUGUGCAGGAGCACUGCAAGUCCCUUAACAAUCACCAGUUUCAUAAGUACAGCUGUGAGCGGUGCAAAAAGCGGUUCCACAAAAUUGAGACACUUUAUCGUCAUUGUCAGGAUCAGCAUGAUGGCAACAUUUAUUUAAAGUUUUUCUGUGGCCUCUGUGAGGAUCUGUAUUUUGAUGAGGAGCAGCACUUCCUUAACCAUUAUGAGACGUAUCAUGGAGUUGAAUAUGUUUUUGUAAUAAGCCACGAUGAAGUCCAAGAUAAAAAUGAAGAAGUCUCCACACCCGUUGAGACAAGCCCUCAGCUUGCUUGUGGUUGUCGAGAAAGUUACAAUAGCAAAACUUUAGAAAAGGAAGACACCCUUAGAUGCAAGAAUAACCUUCUUAAAAAAGGAAUAUUGUGGUACCGCUGCUGUUUAUGCCAGGUAACAGCUCAGAGUGCAAGAGACAUGGCUGACCACCUUAAAGAUGGCCAUGCUGGAACUCAAAUUGCCAAAGAGUCAUUUGUAGUCAAGUGCCAUACUUGUGGCAAAUACUUCAGUGACUUUAAAUCCUCCCAUCAGCACUACCAUAAAAAGCACUGCUUUUUAAAGAACCCCCAGAUAGAAGGUACAUUUGGAUUAAAACUUAACCCCAAUGUUUUCAAAUUCACAGAAAGAAGCACUUCAGAAAGUGUAUCUCAACAGAAAACAGCUGUAUCACAAAAAAGAAAGAGUUUCACAUCGAACAGAGAAAAAGUUCCUAAAGAAGAAGAAAAUGAAGAAGAGCUACCAGAUAUGGACUUCCUUUCUACUAUGACCCACAUUAUCUUCAUAGACUUGGACAACUGGGCAAGUUUUUUCAAUCGUCUUCCCAAGGAGCUGAACCAAGGAACCUUUAUUUGGGGAUUUCAAGGUGGAAAGAACAAUUGGAGGAAGCCAGAAAAAUGUCAUGUCUAUAAAUAUUUGAAGAAGAUCGGCUGCUUCUUUCUUCAUCCACGCUGCAGUGACCGGAAAGACGCCGCAGACUUUGCCAUCUGUUUGCAUGCUGGUCGUCUGGAUGAACAGCUGCCAAAGCACAUUCCUUUUACAGUUCUUUCUGGCGAUAAAGGCUUUUUGGAACUGGAGCUUCAGUUUAAGAAAACACAGAGGCCUGCUCAUGUCCUGAAUCCACACCACAUUGACGGAGAGAUGAUGUAUGCCCUGCUAAACAGCAUAUCAGAUACUGCCAAAGAUGUCAAUGACGAAAAAGGUGAAGACCUCAUUUCAGUACUUACUGAAGGUCAAACAGAGACUGAAAGGAAAAAUGAAGAAGUAGCUGAAGGUGUUCAGGAAGAAGAAGAGCUCCAGCUAAUACUAAAACAAAGUAUGAAAGAGGCUGAACAGAAAAUGGAGGAAGAAAAAGAAGGUGUUCAGGAAGAAGAACUCCAGCUAAUACUAAAACAAAGUAUGAAAGAGGCUGAACAGAAAAUGGAGGAAGAAAAAGAAGCAUGUCAUGAAGAUGAAGAUGAUGUAAUACUGAUCUCUGAGCAGAUUAUAAUACAGUGUGACCAGAAUAAAGAAACGGAAAGUGAAGAUGGUGAUGAUGAUGAUGAUGAUUAUGUACUGAUCUGUGAGCAGAGUGUAAUACAGUAUGACCAGAAUAUAGAAGAAGAAACUGAAGAUAUCACUGAAACUGAAGCUUGUGGUUUAUCACCUCAGAAUGUUACAGAUAAUGAAGGUGUAUUAUCACCAGAACAAAGUACGAAAGAAACUCAGCAGAAAACUGAAGAAGAAAAAGAAGAUGUAGAAUUGCAAGAAACCAUCAUGCGAAGCCUUAAGGAGAUGAAAGUGGGCUGCUGAAUACAUCAAGAAAUAACUUGUUGAAAUGCUAGUAAAACAAGUGCCAGUUUUUCAGGCUGUAGGAAAAGUUGGAGUUUUGCUGAACUCGCAGGUUUACAGAACUGGAGUCCAUAUUCUUUUUCUGGACUUUUUUGUAUUUUUUUUUUUUUUUUAACCAAAGAUACCUAUCUGACGUGCAGAAUGCUUUUGCCCUUGGGAUAAUGUUUCUGCCAAAUUUCUGUUGCGUAAGAAAAGAAAAAAUGUUAAGAGCUAUGCAGAGACGGGUUGCAGAUUUCCUAGAGGUACUCAUUUGUGAGCCAUGCACUUCAGAAUUGUUUGUCUGCUAGCACUUUCAUUGUUUAUAACACAAUGUUAACUUUAAAGGUAAAUGACAUAGCAUAAACUACUUUAUGCACACAACAAUAGUGUAAAUAAUUAUAUGGCAUGUGUGACGGCUCAUUUCAGGGCAUAGUUAAUAAAAGAGAUAAGUGCUUUGGUUACUGACCACCUACCAACCUGUUUAUCGUGGGCAUAUGUAUGUAUUUAUGUCAUAGCAGUAGUUGUUACUCUUCAGUAAGAAAGUACUGAGAGAGUGCAUGCUGCACCUCAUAAUACACAGAUUUUCGAGGGCUACCUUUCGUAUUUACUUUCUGUGACAAUUCACAGUCAAAAUCUUGCCAUGUCAGUCUCCCAGAAGUCCAGUUUUAAGUCCCUACUAGAUUACAUGUUUUUCAUGUAGUUUUUUUUUUUCUUCUGCUGUUUUUUUUAACCGCACCACCUGAGUUGUUUGUGCUGAUCUAUACCCAGACCACCACUUUUCUAAUUUUCCCAACAUUUACAGCUGUAGGGCAACGUCACUUGUGUUGUGCAUCUGAAGAUCAGCUAGCGUCUCUCCUGAAAUACAGGAUCUGGUGUCAGGCCCUGGAAUCUCCUUUCUGAUCCUGUCACUAUUAAGUCAUUGUGGACAUACUGUGAAACAGUCCUUUAUGCCUGGAUGGUCCCACAUGCACUUCCAGAACAUCUGCUAAGACUGAAACCAACCAAUGUUUUUUCAGUGCAGGAACACAGGUCCCUUAGCUCUAUCAAGGGUAGUUUAUGGUUUGUUAGUGAUGGCAAGUGUUGUAUCACAAACACCUGUCAUAUUUAUCCCUCAUUCAGGAUUUCCCAGCGUCACUGAAAAGGAAAUCUGUCUAACAUGAAGUAUAUAUAAGACGACACAUGAUGUAGUUAAACCACUGGAUGCCAGUCAUUUUCUUUGUAAUUGUUUCUCUCUUACUGAGGUUUUAUGUUAUUCCUCUGGAAUUCCAAGUCUGUCAGGCUUUCACCAUGCGCAGUUAUUUUUCUGAAUUUACAGUUUUCUUUGAGGUUAUCAGUGCCAUUCAUUCACAUCUGUGGAUAUAAACUUUAGGGGGAGGGUACUAACAACACAUCACAACCUCCUCUGUCACGAACCUGAUCUACAGAGGUAGCCACAGUAAUUUAGAUGACGCAGCUUUUCAGUCAUGAGAACCCCAAUAAUUAUUAGUAUUUUUCUUAGCAUUGGCCCAGGCAUACAAUUGAAGGGAGCAAAUGCCUUGUCGCAUUACUGUGUAACUAACAACAAUUUGAUUUUUACAUUUUUAUCAUUUUAAAUUCCACUGUUACUUAUUAAAGUGUUCCAGCUAUCUGAUGCUUCUCAGAUAGAUGUUUUGUGCUUCACAUUUCUUUUUACUGCAUAAGAACUCUGACCUGACCCUCUUCAGAUAUGUAAUCUUGUGGUGGGGGACUGUAAAACUAUUCCUCCUUGAUUUGCCCCAUGCAGAUGUUGAAUUCGUAUUAUGUUUUGCCUUUGGCUUUACUGGGGGACCAUGUCUCCAUCUACUACCAGUUUAAGCCGACUUUGUCCUUUUUGGUAGUAGCCUUGGCCUGUCCCACUGUGAUGACUCUUUGACUUCACUUUAUCAUCAGUGCUAUAUUCCAUGCCAUUUGUUUUGACAUGUUGUUCAAAAGUUUUGUAAGAUUCAAGGGAUCCUUCUUAGUUUGUUAGGAGUUCAGUGUCCCUGUUGAAUGGUAUGUUUAGGUUCUCUGUUUAUUCCUUCUUCUAUCUGGAUGUGGUUAGAGCACCUCAUUCUGAUCAGAGAGAAUCAUUUUUUCUUAUAGAUCUAUGAUGCUAUAUUUUAUUCCUUGACUUAAUUCCUCUAGUUAGACAUAAUUCUGCUCGUUGAGUGAAUACUACAGCUUAUUUUUAGAUUACUCAUUACCCCCAGAAUAUGAUUUUUCUUUCCUACAGACAAUGCUUGUGAUUUGGAAUCUGCUUUCAUUUUGAAUGCAUCUGUGAAGUUACAAGCGGCAGUGUGUUAUGUUAAUAUUUUAAUGCCCUUGCUAAAGUUCAGAAUUGUUCGUUUUUGUAGGACUUGUUUGAAAAUAUGUAGUGUGUCUAGCUUUUGUAGUGAUAACUGUUUGUCUGUUUGCCAUUGGCCUGGGUUGUAUGUAAACUUGGUUCCUAGGUCAGUUACCCAAUCCAAAUGACAAAUAAAUAAAUUAA